AUGUCUGGAAGGUUGUUGGCUGUCUUGACGGCUGCCAUCGUGGAGGCCAACUUUGACACGAACUUUGAGGACAGGAAUGCGUUUGUCACAGGCAUCGCAAGGUACAUUGAGCAGGCCACAGUCCACUCCAGUAUGAAUGAAAUGCUGGAAGAAGGGCACGAGUAUGCGGUCAUGCUGUACACCUGGCGUAGCUGUUCCCGGGCCAUCCCCCAGGUGAAAUGCAACGAGCAGCCUAACCGAGUGGAGAUCUAUGAGAAAACAGUGGAGGUGCUGGAGCCAGAGGUCACCAAGCUCAUGAAGUUCAUGUACUUUCAGAUUCCCUUAUCUCAGGAGGUGGUACAGGCGGCACAGUUCCUGAGGAAGAUGGCUGACCCCCAGUCCAUCCAGGAGUCCCAGAACCUCUCCAUGUUCCUGGCCAACCACAACAGGAUCACCCAGUGUCUCCAUCAGCAACUGGAAGUGAUCCCGGGCUACGAGGAGCUGCUGGCCGACAUUGUGAACAUCUGCGUGGAUUACUAUGAGAACAAGAUGUAUCUGACUCCCAGUGAGAAACACAUGCUCCUCAAGGUCAUGGGCUUUGGCCUUUAUUUGAUGGAUGGAAAUGUCAGCAAUAUUUACAAACUGGAUGCCAAGAAGAGAAUCAACCUUAGCAAAAUUGACAAGUUCUUCAAGCAGCUGCAGGUGGUGCCGUUAUUUGGAGACAUGCAGAUAGAGCUGGCCAGAUACAUUAAGACCAGUGCUCACUAUGAAGAGAACAAGUCCAAGUGGACGUGCACCCAGAGCAGCAUCAGCCCACAGUACAAUAUCUGCGAGCAGAUGGUGCAGAUCCGGGAUGACCACAUCCGCUUCAUCUCUGAACUCGCGCGCUACAGCAACAGUGAGGUCGUGACGGGCUCGGGGCUGGACAGCCAGAAGUCUGACGAGGAGUACCGCGAGCUCUUCGACCUGGCCCUGCGGGGCCUGCAGCUGUUGUCCAAGUGGAGCGCCCAUGUCAUGGAGGUGUACUCCUGGAAGCUGGUUCACCCCACUGACAAGUUCUGCAACAAGGACUGCCCUGGCACAGCAGAAGAGUACGAGAGAGCCACACGCUACAAUUACACCAGCGAGGAAAAGUUCGCCUUCGUAGAGGUGAUCGCCAUGAUCAAAGGCCUGCAGGUCCUCAUGGGCAGGAUGGAGAGCGUCUUCAACCAGGCCAUCAGGAACACCAUCUAUGCGGCCCUGCAGGACUUUGCCCAGGUGACUCUGCGCGAGCCCCUGAGGCAGGCGGUGCGCAAGAAGAAGAAUGUGCUCAUCAGUGUCCUGCAGGCCAUCCGGAAGACCAUCUGUGACUGGGAGGGGGGCCGAGAGCCUCCCAAUGACCCGUGCUUGCGAGGGGAGAAGGACCCCAAGGGAGGCUUUGACAUCAAGGUGCCGCGGCGUGCAGUGGGGCCCUCCAGCACGCAGGCCUGCCAGUGGUCCCCGCGGGCUUUGUUUCACCCCACUGGUGGCACACAGGGCCGAAGAGGCUGCCGAUCCCUGCUGUACAUGGUGCGGACCAUGCUGGAAUCACUCAUCGCAGACAAGAGCGGCUCCAAGAAGACCCUGCGGAGCAGCCUGGAUGGACCCAUUGUCCUCGCCAUUGAGGACUUCCAUAAGCAGUCCUUCUUCUUCACACACCUGCUCAACAUCAGUGAAGCCCUGCAGCAGUGUUGCGACCUGUCUCAGCUCUGGUUCCGCGAAUUCUUCCUGGAGUUAACCAUGGGCCGUCGAAUCCAGUUCCCGAUUGAGAUGUCCAUGCCCUGGAUUCUAACAGACCAUAUCCUGGAGACCAAGGAGCCUUCCAUGAUGGAGUAUGUCCUCUAUCCUCUGGACCUGUACAACGACAGCGCCUACUAUGCGCUGACCAAGUUUAAGAAGCAGUUCCUGUAUGAUGAGAUCGAAGCUGAGGUGAACCUGUGUUUCGAUCAGUUUGUCUACAAGCUGGCGGACCAGAUCUUUGCAUACUACAAAGCCAUGGCCGGCAGUGUCUUGUUGGAUAAACGCUUCAGAGCCGAGUGUAAGAAUUAUGGCGUCAUCAUUCCAUACCCACCGUCCAACCGCUAUGAAACGCUGCUGAAACAGAGGCACGUGCAGCUCUUGGGUAGAUCAAUUGACUUGAAUAGACUCAUCACUCAGCGCAUUUCAGCCGCCAUGUAUAAAUCCCUGGACCAGGCCAUCAGCCGCUUUGAGAGCGAGGACUUGACUUCCAUCGUGGAGCUGGAGUGGCUGCUGGAGAUCAACCGGCUCACACACCGCCUGCUGUGUAAGCACAUGACCCUGGACAGCUUCGAUGCCAUGUUCCGGGAGGCCAAUCACAACGUGUCUGCCCCCUAUGGCCGGAUCACCCUGCAUGUUUUCUGGGAACUGAACUUUGACUUUCUCCCCAACUACUGCUACAAUGGCUCCACUAACCGCUUUGUCCGAACAGCCAUUCCUUUCACCCAAGAACCGCAAAGAGAUAAACCCGCUAAUGUCCAGCCGUAUUACCUCUACGGAUCCAAGCCGCUCAACAUUGCCUACAGCCACAUCUACAGCUCCUACAGGAACUUCGUGGGGCCCCCUCACUUCAAGACCAUCUGCAGGCUCCUGGGCUACCAGGGCAUCGCCGUGGUCAUGGAGGAACUCCUAAAGAUCGUCAAGAGCUUGCUGCAGGGAACCAUUCUCCAGUAUGUGAAGACCCUGAUAGAAGUGAUGCCCAAGAUAUGCCGCCUACCCCGGCAUGAAUACGGCUCCCCAGGGAUCCUGGAGUUCUUCCACCACCAGCUGAAAGACAUCAUUGAGUAUGCAGAGCUCAAGACGGACGUGUUCCAGAGCCUGAGGGAGGUGGGCAAUGCUAUCCUGUUCUGUCUUCUCAUAGAGCAAGCUCUGUCCCAGGAGGAAGUCUGUGAUUUGCUUCACGCUGCGCCUUUCCAGAACAUCCUGCCCAGAGUCUACAUCAAAGAGGGAGAGCGCCUGGAGGUCCGGAUGAAACGCCUGGAAGCCAAGUACGCCCCGCUCCACCUGGUCCCUCUGAUAGAGCGCCUGGGGACCCCUCAGGUAUCAACUCUCAAGGGCAAAGUCCCACCCAUGAUCACAGCCUCUGGAACCAGUGAGUCCUUGCUCCUCCCUUUCCCUGUGUCCACUCUUGAGAUUAACAGAGAGCUGACCCACGCCCUGCCCCAAGAUGAAGCCCUGUCUCGCCUUCCCGCCCUCGCCUCCUGCUCACUCUGCUCCUCUCCCCUCCCCUCCUCCAGGCAGUGUUUCGGAGAUGGCUUGAACUGGGCCGGCUGCUCCAUCAUUGUCCUGCUGGGCCAGCAGCGUCGCUUUGACCUGUUCGACUUCUGUUACCACCUGCUCAAAGUGCAGAGGCAGGAUGGGAAGGAUGAAAUCAUUAAGAAUGUGCCCCUGAAGAAAAUGGCAGACCGCAUCAGGAAGUACCAGAUCUUGAAUAACGAGGUGUUCGCCAUCCUGAACAAGUAUAUGAAGUCAGUGGAGACGGACAGCUCCACCGUGGAGCACGUGCGCUGCUUCCAGCCGCCCAUCCACCAGUCCCUGGCCACCACCUGCUAGGCAGAGGCCCACCAGCCCUGGGCCGGGGAAGAGGAGGAAGAGCAGGAGUGAAAGCACCGUGGCUCAGCCACAGCAGGGUCCAGCUGGACAACCUUUGGGACAGAGCAGAACCAAGCAAGAACCUCCCCAAGCCUACCCUCCACUCCCAGGAGUGGGCCAGUGCAUGCUCUCCCACGUCAUCUCCAUGGUUGCUUCCCACAGUGCAAACGAAACAAGGAAAGCAGACACAGGGCAGUGUGUGCUUUUGUUUUUACCCCGCCCUCCGCCUGCUGUCCCCUCUGCUGUGCUAAGAGCGCCUGCCCCCACCCUUUCCAGCCUUUGCUCCCCUCACCUUUACACCUUCCGUCUUCCCACGAUGCGGCCUCCAACUCAAUCCCUCUGUGUGACCCCAAGCCUGAAGCCUCCGUGACCAAGGGAAGGUGUGGCCAUCCUUGGAGGUAUCAGCAGGCCAGUGCGCCUGCUGCAGCGUUCUGGCUGCUUCAUCUGCUGGCUCCCGUCCCUUGAGUGCUCUGAGCAGCAUCUCCAGCUGCUCGGGGGUUCCACUGCCAAGCGUGCCCCCGGAGCAGGUGCUGGAAACAGGGUGACCAGCGGAAGAGGGUCUUGUUCCUGGCACUAAGAUCCAUGGUGUGAGCUCUGCCUUUUCGUAGACUUCCUAGCAAGACAUCCUAACUCCCUCCCAGGGCAGUCCUAGCAAGCAUCCCCCUGAGGUGAGUCGGGAGUGGGAAGGGCUGGGUCUGCUGUGAGGAAGCAGUGUGUAUGUCCACAGCCAGGAGGACUUCCAGAGCCCAGAGCAGGCUUUUAGAGCAUCUCAUCGUCCUGCUCAUGAGACCGUUUCUUUAUUCGUUAAGCAGACACAUGGGGGCACAGGGCCAUGCAGGGGGUGGGUGUUGGAGAGGGUGUUGAACAAGCCAGAUGUGGCACCAAGCCAGCAUCCCUUUACUGACAGCUGCUUUGUCAGUCUUUCAUCAAGACAAACACUCAAGAGAGAGAGAGAGAGAAACUCUAAGAGAUUAUUUCAGCAUGCGUCAGAAAUGUCUUGAGGACAGAGAGGUCAGAGGUUUAAAUACUCGUCAAUAAGUUUUAUAAAACAAUUUUUUAAAUUGUGAAUUAGGUGGGGGGGGGGCUGCAUUUCAGAUAAUCAAUUUUGUAUUCGACAGUAUAAGCUACUUAUCAGCCUUCCCCAAUAGCUUGCCCUGCCCACCUCCUUUGAUUUUAGUCAAUAAGCUUUUUAACACCCAGAAAUAACACCAGGAAAGGACUUGUUUUAGUAAAAUGAGAAUGCUCAUCUUUCUAGAAACUUCUUGUUCUCUUCAUGCUCCUUAGAGUUUAGGGGUAUGGAUUCUGCUCCUGUUUCUCAGAGUGAACCAGAAUUUCUUUGCAAAGUCUCCCAUCAAACCUGGGGAAACUGUUUAGAAGAACUGAAGUCUUUGGGAAGCCCAUGUCUCAUUAUAGAAAACAUCACGUUCUAGGAUAGGUUGUGUCCCUGGGCUUUUAAAAACACAGUGUGACAUUUGACAUUUCCUUCCAGCUCAGGGAGGAAAAGGAGAGGGGAGAGGGGAACAGAUAGGUCAUUUGAUAUCCCAUGGAAAUCAUAAAGGAGGGGCCCAGGAGAGGUCAGUGUGUCCCCAUCCCCGCCCGUGAGAAAGAGGUGGAACUCUUCUCCAUGGGCUCCAGAGGCCACCAACGUCUGAACUUCCUGAGAUUCACACAUUCAGAGGGAGCUGUCUGGACCCCAGCACACACCUAGUGAUUCUGAAAUUGGGGGUGGGAGGGGAGAGAGUCCACACCGCACAAGGAAGCAGUGCUAUUCUGCUGUGCAGGGGAGUUUGAGAACCACUGCUGCUUGAGGAGGCCAUCUCCCCAGGCCAACUCUGAGCCCUGAGGUAAAACACAUGGAGGGCAGGCAGGGGCCCCUGCUGAAACUUGAAUGGAGAGUUGGAGGGUCCAUCAGGUGAGAUGGCUACUACAGCAAUUCCUCCCCACCCCACAUUUAUGACCCAACAUCAGACCCUCUGGACAGAAUGACAUCAUCCUCAAGACUCAAUCCCAGUAAGUGGAGGUCGUAAUGUCCAGAGAGCUUUCCUCUCCUCGGCUUGCCAGGAACCCUUAUGGGUGAGCACGGAGCAGGCUUACGACUCGUUCCUUCCUACUACUACUGCUGCCCCUUUUUAGUUUUGUGUGUUCAAGAACCAAGAAAAUAAAAGCUUUUUAAGUUUUAAAAAGUUAAAAAAAUUGUUUCAGAACCUAUCCAAUGUACCAUAUUUGUAUUAAGAGUUGUUGGGGACUUUUGUACAAUGAAUUACAUUUAUUUAUGGUGACUUAUAUUUACGCUUGUGAUCCAAUAAUGAUGUUAAAUUCUUAUAUCAUAUUUGCUAUGCAGCUGAAGAUGAUAUGUUGAUUUGUAUUUUCGGGUACCUGUGUUGAGUGGAUAAACAUUUCCAUCUCCAUUAAAUUUGCUUCCAAACUCAA